AUGGGGCAUAUGCGGAAGGUGGAGGAGGAUCAAUCAAAUCAAUUAAAGCGAUGUUAUCUACCGCAUCACGCUGUUCUAAAGGAGUCCAGUACCACUACGAAAUUGAGAGUAGUUUUUGAUGCCUCAUGCAAAACAUCGAACGGUAUUUCUUUAAAUGACGCAUUGUUCGUGGGUCCAGUUAUUCAACGAGACCUCAGGGCAAUUAUCCUUCGCUGUCGAACUUAUCAAGUGAUGAUUGUGGCUGACAUUGAGAAAAUGUUUCGCCAGAUAAACAUAGAUCCCAAGGAUGCACCACUGCAGAGUAUUUUAUGGCGGGCUGAUGAGAAUGAAAACCUUGCAACGUACGAGUUGUCCACAGUAACUUACGGGACGAAACCCGCACCAUUCCUGGCAACUCGCACUUUGAAACAACUGGCAUCUGAUGAACGUGAGAGAUAUCCACUAGCUGCGAAGGCAGUCGAAGAAGAUAUGUACAUCGACGACUUAAUCACAGGACCGGAUGACGUCAAUACAGCAAUAGAAUUAAGAAGACAAUGUGAGCAAAUGAUGUCCAGCGGCGGGUUCACUUUGAGAAAAUGGGCUUCAAACGUAACAGCAGUAUUGGAAGGCGUUGCUCAAGAAUCACUCGCAUCACCAGAAAUUCAUGAAAUCAGCUGGGAGCUGGAUCAGGCUGUAAGAACGUUAGGUUUAACAUGGCUGCCUAAGACUGACUGUUUAAAAUUCCAAUUCGAAAUUCCUCCACUCUUAUCAAAUCAAAGCUUCACCAAACGAAGGGUAUUAGCCAUUAUCGCCACACUAUUCGACCCUCUUGGGCUACUGGGUGCGGUCAUUAUAACGGCAAAAAUUUUCAUGCAGAAGCUUUGGACUCUCUGCAAUGAACAACAUAAGCAUUUACAAUGGGAUGAUACUUUACCAACUGAAGUGCAAAAGAAUGGCGAAGAUUCCACAGGUGGCUACCACUUCUGA